CGUCGGCAAAGCAAACCCGCUUUCCGAGUCUCUGGCGAAACCAGUGGCCAUACUUGAAACCCACGGCUGGUGUUCCCAUGGAGUUCCAACCACUUAUAUAGGCCCCCCCUUGCUCCUCCUCUCUUCGCCCACGUCUCACCCGCCUUCGCUUCUUGUAUUGAUAGAGAGGUAGGAUCGACGCCAUGAGGAUGAGCUGCAACGGUUGUCGGGUGCUGCGAAAGGGGUGCAGCGACGACUGCAGCAUCAGGCCCUGCCUGCGGUGGAUCAAGAGCCCCGAGUCCCAGGCCAACGCCACCGUCUUCCUCGCCAAGUUCUACGGCCGCGCCGGCCUCAUGAACCUCAUCAACGCCGGCCCCGACCACCUCCGCCCUGCGAUAUUCCGGUCUCUUCUGUACGAGGCUUGCGGCCGGAUCGUCAAUCCGAUCUACGGCUCCGUGGGCCUGCUGUUGUCGGGAAGUUGGCAGCUCACCCAGGCUGCGGUGGAGGCGGUGCUCAAGGGCGCCCCCAUCGUCCAGAUCCCGUCCGAGACGGCGGCAUCCACCCCGACCCCGCCGCUCAAGGCCUCCGACAUCCGGCACAUCUCCAAGGACCCCGGAGCCGGCGGCUGCGCUCGUGCGGCCGCCGAGCUGCACAAGGUCAACAAGGCUGGCUCCCGGUUCAAGCGCUCCGGCGCCAAGGCCGCCCGUCCGGCCGCCAUCCAUCCUCUGGAAUUCCACGAGUCCACGGGCAGCGACUCGACCGAGCCGGCGGCCGAUGCCGGCGUGGGCGGAGGAGGGGACGAAGAGUGCCAGGUGGAGGAGAGCAUGUCCUCGGCGGACAUCGCGGAGGCGUCGUCCCACGUGAGCCAAGGCGAGCCUGACCGGGCCGAGGCCGAGGAGGACGACGAGGUGGGUCUGGAGCUCACCCUCGGGUCGGGACCGUUCUCCCGGUCGCAUCGAGACGAGGCGCGGCGCGUCCACGACCCGGACGCGUGCACGACCGAUCUCGGCCUGGCGUCGUAGCAUAAACCAAAGCAGGCGGCGACGGUGGAGAACGAAGAUAACUCUGUUUUAUUUUCAUUUUCAUUCUCUUUUUUGUGUUUCCCUGAGAAGAGAGGAUUAGGGGGCUUUGACAAUUUGCUCCCUUGAUGUAAACUUGAUCUCUGCAUGCACAUAUAUCACAUGAAACAAAUGAAUCACAGGGGAGGGAAGGUGAGGUCAAUGUUCGGCCAUGCUGUUCUGCAACCAUUUGUAGGGCGUACAAGUCUGGUUUUAGGAAGCUGGGCGACAUGCAAGUCCAAACUAACGAGGGGAGGAGACAUCAAAGGAACCACCACUCCUUCGAAGAUGGCGACGACCUUCGCACACGUGCAUGACAUGUGCCGGAUCAAGUGCUACAUAGUUUUCAUCAUAUUAAUAUUAGUAGUUAGGUUGUAAAAGUCAGGUGCUGCUAAUUUGGCACAGCGGACAAUGCUUCUCGAGCCAAUGAGAAGCAGACACAUAUCCAAACCUAAAUGUGAAAGGGAAGAGGAAGAGAUCCCAAUUGUCAAAAUUGGUCAACAAAAUAAAGGAGACAAGAUUUUGACUCAAGUUCUUUAGCAACAAUAAAUUGAGAGACUCAGUGUUUUAAGGUUUUUAUUUAUUUAUUUAUUUUAUGUCGACA